GAUGAAAACAAAUGGGUCAUAAUGGAUCCUGCAUCAGAAGAAGCAUCAACGAAACUUCCAAAUCCUUUAUAUAACUUCUCACAAGUCACCACCAUUUCUCUCUAGAAAAUAUCAGAAAAACAAAACCAUCUCAAAGUUUCUUGAGAAGAAAAAAAGGGUCAAGAAAGAUGCCUAAAGACAGGAAUAUCGGAAUCGCCAUGGAUUUCUCAGAGAGCAGCAAGAACGCUCUGAAAUGGGCGAUCGAGAACUUAGCAGACAAAGGAGACACGAUUUACAUCAUCCACACUCUACCACUCUCUGGCGAUGAAUCUCGUAACUCCCUCUGGUUCAAAUCCGGUUCUCCUCUCAUACCGUUGGCAGAGUUUAGGGAACCGGAGAUUAUGGAGAAAUACGGUGUCAAAACCGACAUCGCAUGUCUUGAUAUGCUCGACACUGGUUCGAGGCAGAAAGAGGUGCAUGUAGUGACCAAGUUAUACUGGGGAGAUGCAAGAGAGAAGCUUGUUGAUGCUGUUAAAGAUCUUAAACUCGAUUCUAUUGUCAUGGGAAGCAGAGGACUCAGUGCUCUUCAAAGGAUAAUAAUGGGAAGCGUGAGCAGCUUUGUGAUCCAACACGCGCCUUGCCCUGUCACCGUUGUCAAGGAUAACGAAUAAACGAUUCUCACUACAAAAAAAAAAAAAAAAAAAAACUGUCUUUAUCUUAUAAGUCCUACCAAAUAAUCAUCGCAAUUUAUGCUUUUUAGUUUUUAUUAAUAAAAGAAUCUUUAUGUUGGUUUUAUUUGUAAUUUGACUACAACAAAAAAAGAACCCAGAGUGUUUUCAUCUUCUAGUUUUGAGAGUUUCUUGCUUAUUUGUUUCAUUUAAUAUUCCUUGUGUUUUGCUGGAAUCACUCCAUGUGAUUUGCUUGAACAUGUGGUGGGCUCGAUUAAAAAUAGUUUGUAUAUCCAAUAUAUUGCUUAAAAAUAAGUUUGUGGUACAGAUUUCACAUGGGCAGGUUGGAUUCAUUCACAUUGAUCAUUG